UAUACUGUCGUGACGAAUAAAAAAAGUUUAUCUCGUUGCAGAACGCCUCCAAAAAGAACAAUGUCGAAAGCAUUGACGUUGACAACAGCGCGACGUGGCCAUACAGAUGAGUUAUGGCAUCAUUCCAGAGAUCCGAUCAAACAACCCCUUUUAAAGAAGUUGAUAUCUAAAGAAGAAUUAGCCGAAGAAGCGUGUUUCGCUUUUAACGCGAUCUUAAAAUACAUGGGUGAUCUACCAACGAAAAGACCUCGUAUCGGUAACGAGUAUACCGAUCUUAUUUUCGAUGGACCAUUAAAGAACGAAAUUCUUCGGGACGAAAUUUAUUGUCAAGUCAUGAAACAAUUAACAGAUAAUCGGAAUAGAUUGAGCGAAGAACGCGGAUGGGAAUUAAUGUGGUUAGCCACUGGUCUUUUUACUUGUAGUCAAAGUCUUUUGAAGGAAUUAACUUUAUUCUUGCGUACGAGACGACAUCCUAUAUCUCAGGAUUCUCUACAAAGGCUACAAAAAACUUUACGUAAUGGCCAGCGAAAAUAUCCUCCACAUCAAGUGGAAGUAGAAGCUAUACAGCACAAAACGACGCAAAUAUUCCACAAAGUUUAUUUUCCCGACGAUACAGAUGAAGCAUUUGAAGUAGAUUCGUCAACGAGAGCUAAAGAUUUUUGUCAAAACAUUGCGCAAAGAUUAAAUUUACGGUCUGCAGAAGGAUUCAGUCUUUUUGUGAAGAUCGCUGACAAAGUGAUCUCAGUUCCGGAAGGGGAUUUCUUUUUCGAUUUUGUACGGCAUUUGACAGAUUGGAUAAGAAAAGCUAGACCGUCUCGUGAUGGCGUAUCACCCCAAUUCACGUAUCAAGUCUUUUUUAUGAAAAAACUAUGGACCAAUACCGUUCCCGGUAAAGAUAGAAACGCAGACCUAAUUUUCCACUUCCAUCAAGAACUUCCUAAAUUAUUAAGAGGGUAUCAUAAAUGUACAAAAGAAGAAGCUUCGAGAUUAGCAGCAUUGGUGUACAGAGUUCGUUUUGGUGAGAGUAAACAGGAACUUCAAGCAAUUCCGCAAAUGUUAAGAGAACUUAUACCUGGCGAUUUAGUAAAGGUACAAAGUUCCAACGAUUGGAAAAGAUCGAUAAUAGCAGCAUAUAAUCAAGAUGCUGGUGAGAUAUAUAUUAUUUCAAUUAAAUUUAAAUGCAUAUUAUUUUAAAUCGAAACUAUGAUUCUCUCU